GCGUUCUGAAUAAUCGUUUGGUUAGAGAAAAAUUACUUUUAACAAAUUUUGAUGAUUUAUUAAACAUUAAGUGUCCAGUUGAGUUGUACGAAGCUUUUACUAGUAUUUUUACUAAUAUUUAUAAUGAAUGUUACAAAUCGCAAACAGUUGGGGUAAAUAAAAGUGUUAGAAAUAAAGAAUGGAUAAGUGAAAACUUAAAACGAAUGAUUUUUAAAAGAGAUAGGUUAUUUGUUAUAUGGUGCAAUGAACCAAAAAAUAUGAUAAAAAGAUUGAAUUAUACUAAAUAUAGGAAUAAAUGUAGUAAGGCAAUUUUUAAAUGUAAGAUGGAAUAUGAUAAACAGAAUAUACUAGACUGUAACAAAAAUAUAAGGAAAUUAUGGGAUAAGAUAAAUAGUUUUAUGGUAAUGAUAGAAAAUCACUAGACAACUUAAUACUGUCUAAUAUGGAAAACCAAGGCAAUGUAAAAGAAAUUUGUGAUAAGUUUGCUGAUAACUUUUUAAGUGAAGUUGACCUCAUAAGGCACACAUGUACAGAAAAAUGGUUAGUAAGGGACAAUUACGUUGAUAGACCUGAUGUAUGUAUGAGAUGGCAACCGGUCAGUAAUGGAGAAGUCAAACGUGUGAUUAAUCAAUUAGAUAAAAAUAAAUCGCCGGGAACUGAUCUCGUACGGAUGUCAGACUUAAAGUUAGUUGUUGACAAAGUAAGUCCCGUCAUAGCUAAUAUAGUUAACAUGUCGGUAAAGCAACAUAGGUUUCCGAAUAAAUUAAAAGAAGCCAUAAUUCGUCCAGUCCAUAAAAAGGGUGAUCGAAAAGUUUUUUCAAACUAUAGACCAAUUGCUAUAUUAUCAAGUAUUGACAAAAUUAUCGAGAAAUGCAUAACAAAUCAACUAGGGUUUUAUUUGCAAAAAAAUAACAUAUUAAAUGAAUGUCAGCACGGUUUUCAGAGGGGCAAAAGCACUAAUACUUUAUUAUCAAAAUUCACUGAUGAAAUUAAUUCGAAUUUAGAAAAUAAAAAAUUUGUUGUUGCUAUUUUUUACGAUUUCAAAAAAGCAUUUGAUACCUUAGAUACAGAAACACUUUUAAAUGGAAUGGACGAAUGUGGCGUGGGACAGCCGCUAAACCAGUGGUUCCGUGACUAUCUCACAUCGCGCAUUUUCCGUGUAAAGGUUGGUGACACGCUUAGUGAGGCGCAUGAGGUGAAAUGCGGGGUGCCACAAGGUUCGGGGUGUGGGCCUAUUUGCUACUUACUACAUGUUAAUAGCCUAUGUGACGUUCUUCAGUAUUCCUCUGCAUACAUGUUCGCAGAUGACCUAUGUACACUACGGGCUGGUACCAAUCUAGUGGAGACGUGUCACCUAAUACAGCAAGAUAUAGAUUCGGUAGUUAAAUGGUCUCAUGAUAAUGGCAUCGUCUUAAACUCAGAUAAAACCAAGUUUCUUAUCAUUCAGUCACCUUAUAUGUGUUAUACUGACUCGUCUCCUCAAAUGUAUAGUCAUAACUUUGAAUGCCUCCAUAAUGGUCAGAAUAGUUGUCAAUGUGAGCCUAUCAAAAAAGUCGAUUGUGUAACCUACCUCGGUGUUAAAGUUGAUACUAACUUCUCGUGGUCCAGCCAUGUAGAUUAUAUUUGUAAUAAGUUAAGAUUACUUCUAAGCAAAUUUUAUCACUUAAGCUUUAAAGUUCCUUCUGCUACUUUAAAAUGCUUAUAUUUUUCAUUGGUAGAUUCGAUUUUGGGAUACGCCCUUGACAGUUACGGUCUUACAUUCAAAAUCUACAUCGAUAAGCUUGAAGCACUACAAAUUAGAUUUUUAAAGUUACUAGUUAAUAAAAAAACUAAAGAUAUCUGUAAAGGUGAUUACACAAAAUUGUUCAAAAUCUGCAAAAUACUUCCAGUAAGUUUAAAACAUAAGUAUUUACUUGCCUUAAAUAAUUACAACUGUCGAGAACGUACUCUAAUACUAGUUAAGCAUGGUCAGGGUACACGGUCGAAAUCUGCAGGCAAAUUUGUAGUACCUAAAGUAAAUAAUUACUACGGGGACAGAACUUUAAAGAAACGUCUACCGUACUUUCUCAAUACACUACCUGAGGAUAUUCGACGUGAACCAGUAAAAAACAUAUUUAAAAACAAAUUAAAGCAACACUUAUUGGCUAGUCUUAGUGCUUAACUUUAACAUUAUUAUGUAAAUGAGACUCAAAUGUUCCUGCAGAUAAACUGCGUAAGCAGUUUUGCGGGAAUAUGCAUAUUAAAAAACCAAACUUUGUACAUUU